CAAUCGGGACCUUGGUGCAUGUCCUCUGCGUCACUGUCGCGUCUACCCUUUCACUUGACCUCGAUUCCCCCUUCGCGUUGAAGUUUCCCUUCCUGCAGCACUGCUCCAGCAACUCAGCACUGCGUUUUGUGUGAGCAAGCAUGGCCAACCGGGACAUCUGCCAACCCAUUUCGACCAAUAUCGUGUCUUCUGUGCAAACAAUGCCGACCUACACCAUCGCCCUUAUUGAUAGCCCCAACGUCGGGGUUAUCAGGAAGUAAACCCAUUGAUCCGAUACCUCACUGGUGAUUUCAUUCAUCCGUGAGGCCAGACGAGACGAAUUAGUCUCCAAAAUACACGCACAUUGAUUGUGGCUGGAGCCUUAUCCGGUGACAAUUUGUUGAAGCGUACAUCAGAGCUUCCCUCCAACAUCAAAGCUAGACCAAGGGGUCCAGCUCAUUCUGUCCGUCCUUGAUCAGCAGGCAAGCAUCAAAAGACGCCAGCGAACUCAUCGUCACGAGAUUCAACCAAAGGAGCUGUCUGAAAGCAACAUGCUGCAAUACACCAGUGAGUGUCGCGUUUGUCAACAUUAUUGUCUAUAGGAUGAAGCCUCUAAGAUGUUCAUAGAUUCGACUCGUACUAUCUUUGCCGCCGAAAGCGUUCCGUUGCUUCUCUGACUUAUUCAUCUGAAUCAUCGUCAAUUUGAACCACCAUCAGACUGAACUACAGUCAGACUGCCCUCUCACCACAACCAGCCCGAAACUUGACUCUACAUUGCUCUAUCGGACCAACCCCUUUCUUAUACUUGAUCAACUUUCAGAUCACGAUCGCCUUAAUUACACAUAGACCGCUAUAGACAACCGUUGAGUGCUUUCAAGAUGUCUUCAACUUACUCAUCACUAUUUGUGGGCCAACAGCUGCAAUCAGACCUGGCGGAUGACGAUCUUGGCAAAUUGGACGGCCUCGAAGGGCUUCCCCUUGAGAUUAUUUUCGAUAUUUACCAUCAGCUCGAUGUCCGCAGCAUCUUCUCCCUCGCUCAGGUGAACACUCUUUUCCAUGGACUCCUGACAAGAAAUAAGGCGGCGAUUUUGCUGCCAGUCCUUCAGCGAGAGUUUAGCCCCUUGCCAGAGCUUCUCCAAAUCUUCACAGCAUCGGACCAAGACAUGGCCCAGUUCGGAGAUACCUUUCAGCCGCGACGAGUAGUUUUCAGGAGAUUUCCGGGCGACAUGACGGGCGUCACCCUAUCCCAUGGCGGUGUUCAGCACAAUGCAGGGGCUUUGAACGGCGAUAAACCACCAAGAACUACUUUGCCGUCACCUCGAUCGGUUACGCUUGUUGAAAGGGACUUGAAACCCUUGCUGAAGUAUUGCUUGGUGACACGACAAUGGGAGGAUCUAUUUCCUCAACUCCACUGGUUCGCGACGCCUGAGGACUGCCGUCAACUUAACAAGCUAGAGAAGUUCAAGCUCCGCCGGGCUCUUUAUCGCUGGUGGCUCUACGCCUUUUACUUCCACGGUGAACUUCUUCGGCCCCGGAGUAGUCAGCCGGAGCCAUUCGUCAACGAUAUCCGAACUAGUCAUAUGAGACUUCAUUCAACUCGCGAGUUGAUCGAGAUGAGAGAUCUCUUUUUGUCGAUGAAGAAUCUUGUACGGCAUUACAUCUACCCGAACUUAGAGCAGAACCUCGAACCUGUUGACGAGAGCAGCCCACUCGAGACUAUGAUCGAGACCAGCAUUCGCGAACGCAUUGUGGACACGUAUGCCAAGCUGGAUCCGGAAGACCUGAUGUUUUACUUCGAGAACUUGUUCAACUAUCCUCGGAAGAGACUGGUGAUGGAUGUCAACUUGAAGCACCCUGCAUUCUCCCAGGACCAGGAAUCUUUUGUAGCAGCGAUUCAGUCAGCAGCAGACGAGCGGCCGUGGCUUUUCGACAUUGCUGAUUUGACCAGCAUCGGAGGCAUCGUUACCUCUGAUGACGACUUGGACGAACAUCUUGGUCGUGACGGCAGCCAUGAUGGCUCGAUUCCUCCUCCUGGGGCGUUCCGGCGGCCGAGAGGGAUCUGGGCACCACCAGGAGAUGAUGGCCGAGCUCUCGCCGAGCGAAGUCAUUCCUAUGGCGGGUAA